AUGAGCCUCGAGGAGAAAGCCGGACAGAUGUUCCAGCAGGUCCUUCUGAUGCGACCCGGCGGAGUCAUCGACACCGGCAACCCGGAUGCCAACCGUUUACCAACCGAGUCCAUGAUCAAAGAUCGUUACAUCUCUCACUACAACCUCGCUGGCGGUAAUGAAGAAGGCCUUGUCAUGGCGGGCUUCAUGAACCACCUUCAGGAGCUUGCCCUAGAGACUCGUCUCGGCAUUCCCAUCACGAUAUCAACCGACCCCCGGAACUCUUUCACUGAAAACUUUGGUACCGGUUUCUCCGCCGGGACUUUCUCCGAGUGGCCCGAGGUUGCGGGACUCGCCGCCCUUCGAGACCCUGAGCUGGUUUUCAAGUACGCCGAGAUCAUCAGGGAGGAAUACCUUGCCGUCGGCAUCCGGUCCGCUCUGCACCCAACGGUCGACGUCUCAACGGAGCCCCGAUGGGCCCGGAACAAGGGGACCAUGGGCGAAGAUGCUCAUCUCAUUGCGGAACUCGUUGUUCCCAUGCUGAAGGGGUUACAAGGCGAUGUGCUUGGGCCACGGUCACUCACGACCGUCACGAAGCACUUCCCGGGUGGUGGCGCUAUGCAGGACGGCGAGGACGCGCAUUUCUGGUACGGCAAGAACGCUACAUACCCCGGAGACAACUUUGAUUAUCACCUCAUCCCGUUCAGGGCGGCUUUUGAGGCCGGAGCGAGACAGAUCAUGCCAUAUUACUCACGCCCUAUCGACACUGAGUACGAGGAGGUGGGAUGGGCUUUCAAUAAGGCUGUCAUCACAGAUCUACUUCGUGAAGAGAUGGGUUUCCGUGGCAUUGUCGUGGCGGACUGGGGCAUCAUCAGCAACCAGUCCAUGGGUGACCCUGAGCCGGCACCGGCCCGUGCCUGGGGUGUUGAGCACUUGAGCAGGCCGCAGCGGCUACUCAAGGCUCUCGAAGCCGGUGUUGACCAGUUCGGCGGCGAGCACGUCACCGACAUCUUGAUCGACCUCGUCAAGAGCGGAAUUGUGCCGGAGACUCGGAUCGACCGCUCCGUCCGAGCGAUCCUGCGCGAAAAGUUCAUCCUGGGCCUGUUCGAGCAACCCUUUGUCGAUGUCGAGGCUGCGCAGCGCAUCGUGGGGAACGACUACUUCAGGCGCGUCGGCGCGGAAACGCAACGCCGCUCUUACACCCUGCUGACCAACAAGGAGAACAUCCUGCCCCUACGCCGCGCGGACAUGGACGCCAAGUUCUACAUCGAAGGUUUCAACAAGACGUACAUGGAGCUUCGAAAUUUGACCGUUGUCGAGACACCCCAGGAGGCUGAUGUUGCCCUCCUCAAAUUUGAGGCCCCGUCAUACCCUCGGAGCGGUGCCUUCGAAAAGAGCUUCAACACUGGGCCGUUGAACUUCACGAUGACCGAGCAGGAACGCCAAGCCGCCAUCUACGCUGCUGUACCGACGAUUGUUGAUGUCUGGCUCAGUCGACCGGCGGUCAUCCCGGAAGUUUUUGAGCGAGCCGCCGCCGUGAUGGGUAGCUAUGGCAGCUCUCCCGAGGCGUUCCUGGACCUGGUUUUCGGCGACGCCAAGCCGGAGGGCAAGCUGCCCUUUGAUCUCCCCAGCUCCAUGGAGGACGUGGAGAACCAGUUUGAGGAUGUGCCAUUCGAUACCGAGAAUCCCGUGUUCCGUUUCGGACAUGGACUCUCCUAUGAAAACGUUCCGUGCAAGAACAGGUGUGCAAAGAGGUAG